AUGGCCGACGCGUACUGGAGGUACGCGGCCGCCGACCCGCGCCAGCAGCAGCAGCAGCCUCCGCCGCCCUCCGCCGGCGGGGGCGUCGCGCACCCGGGCAUGGGCGGCGGCGCACCGCAGAUGGCCCCCGCCCUGGGGCAGCAGCAGCAGCCCAUGAAGCGACCCCGCCCCGCCGACUUCUCAGAUGUACCUGGUGCACCUGACAUGACUGGCUAUUAUCCACGUGAUGAAGAAAGGGCAGGCAAAUUCAAUCCUUUGGUGGUGGACCUGCUGGAGAACCUAUUAGGCCUGCUGUGGGUGGCAAUGCUGGCUACCCACAUAGCUAGUCCUUCACUUCCCCCAGACAUCUUCCGACCAUUUGUUGGCUUUCGUGAGCCUGGUGGUGACCCUAUUGUCCUGUGUUUUGUUGAUUUUGCGGAACCUACACAAUCUGCUAUUGCCAUGGAGGCUUUGCAAGGCUAUAAGUUUGAUGAGCACGAUCGCAAUUCACCCAAUCUGCGGCUGCAGUUUGCUCGUUUUACGGGUCCAAGGGGGAAUUCAGGACCUGGUGGCGGUCGUGGAAGGCGAUAA